CGGGGUGUGUGCGUGAGGUGCAAAUAGAGGACGACCAACUCCAUCGUCUCAGUCGACCGUCCAGUUUUCAGCUCAACCCGGUCGAAGUUGGUAAGCCCAGGAGGGAGACGGUUCUGCCGAGCGCCGCUGACAGCCCGUUGGUUCGACGGUCCAGUAAAUCCUCCGCCUCCGCCAUGAAGUUACUGUGGGCUGUCGGCGCCCUUCUGCUGAGCUGUUGGCGAGCGAAUGCGUCCACAGCGGGUUUUAUCAAGUCCCCGUUGUCUCAGAUGAAGUUGAUUAAUGAUGAUGCAGAGCUGCAUUGUGAGGUGAUAGGAAAUCCCAUCCCCGAGGUGCAGUGGUGGUUUAUAGAGGGUGAAGAGCCCGACGAGACCUUCACCCAACUCUUUGACGGGGCCAGGAAUGACCGUGUGCAAAUAAAUGCCACCUACAUAGCGCAUGCCACUAGCACCAUUCACCUCACUAGCCUCACCCUCAACGACUCGGGCACAUACGAGUGCCGCGCUUCCAACGACCCUGACCGCAAUGAACUGAAGAAGACGCCAAAAAUCAAGUGGAUCCGCUCGCAGGCAAACAUAAUUGUGAUUGAAACUCCGAAUAUCUUCACGGAGCCAUCUGAGGUCACCAACCAAACCAAUGCUGUGCUCAGGUGCAACUUGACAGAUACCAGCCUUCCAAUCAUGGGUUCACAGUGGCUACACAACGGCAAAGUCAUUGAAAAGUCAGUGACCACUGAUCCCUCGCCACACACGACCCUAAGUUUGGACAAGAUCACUCACACCAAUGCUGGAAAGUAUGAAUGUGUGUUCCUGACUAACCCAGAGGUGAAAAAGACGAUUGAGGUCAAAGCAAUCCCCCAUGUCUCUGCCUACAAGCACUCUGAACAUGGCAAUGAGAAGGACAAAGGCGUGAUGGUCUGCGUGGGCCAUGGUUAUCCCCUGCCCACUGACUGGGUGUGGUUCAAAGAAGUAGAUGGUGCUCGACAGCAGCUUGAAAGCAAUGGCACCUCUGGAAAAUAUAUGAUCAAAACUACCCCCAACAACACCACUCUGACCAUCAAUGACCUGAGCAUCCAGAACGACAUCGGUGACUACGUCUGCUCUGGCGACAACGGCCUCGGCACACACAGCGACACAAUCCACCUGCGUGUCCGCAGCCGCCUGGCCGCUCUCUGGCCUUUCCUUGGCAUCGUGGCGGAGGUCAUUGUCCUUGUGACCAUCAUCUUCAUCUACGAGAAGAGGAGAAAGCCCGAUGAAGUCAAUGACGAUGACGACUCAGGAUCUGCUCCUCUGAAGAGCAAUUCUACUUCAAACCACAAAGACAAGAAUGUGAGGCAAAGGAAUUCUAACUAGAAGCUGAAGAGACGGACGGGUCACAGGCAGUCCAGGAUUCAGCUCUUGAGUGGCACAUUAUACUGUGCACCCUGCAAUUUUAAGUACCUUUUAUGUGCUUGGGUGUUAAUGUUUUAAUAAACUGAUUUCCUCUCCUUUUAUUUUCUUCUUAUUAUUCUCCACAUUGUGCAGCCACAAAAUUAUAGUGUGAACUACUUUCUGCUUGAGGCCGCGGGGCAAAUAUUGCAUGAGUUUAAAUGCUGUUCUAGAAAAGUGUGUGUUGUUGAAUCACUAGAAAGUUCACGUGAGGAAUGCUUAGUUUGUGAUCAUUUUCUGUUGAUGCUGAUGCUUCCUACACUGACCUGUCUAUGCUUUUUUUUUUUUUUUUCAUCCACAAACAAAUUUUUGAAGGACCAAGUGCAGGAGAUGUAACUGUUGCUUCUUUUGGAUGCAACUUUAAUAUUGUGCACUGAUGUUGAAAAACUGCAGAUUGAUAGGUUUUUUUUUGUUUGUUUUUCUUUUUGCUUUUCACUCAUUGUGAUCUGACACAUUUUUGUGAGAUGGUUGGACUGUCAUCUGUUUUCUUCACUGUGUAGAUGAUACCGAAGCCAUAUGUACCAUUUUAACCUGAGUAGUGUUGUGAUUGGAUGUUACCACUUCAGAGUUACACUAAUAAUGACCUGGCCAGGAGUGUGUAAGUUGUUGUACCUUCCAGCUACUUGGAAAACCAUCUCUUGUACAACGUGCACAGACUGAAUAAAGGUAUUUAAAUUUA